UAUUACCCACCGACCGCUCCCAACUCGACACUCCUCCAUAAGAAACCGGCCAUAUAAUGUCAUGACGGACUGCGCGUUUGUUCUCUUCUGCAUGUUCUGCGCACUUUCGCUUUCUCCCUGAAGCUUAGCCGUUGUUUUUGAAAGCUUAAUUUUCAAGAAACGGCAGAUGUUUACUUUCCAGUGCGUCUUGAACUAUUCAGCCUACGGUGCGCUGUGACGGAGACUCUCCGAACUUCGUCUUAUACCGCUGACGGCUGUACACCUUAAACAAGCUGCAGGUGCAACAGCAAGUGAAGACUUUGUCAAAGAACAUCUGCAGAUGUUCUCCUGCUGUUUUAGAUCAUACAGCUCAUCUCCUUGCAAAUCUCAGUGAGACGGUCUUCAGUUCAGGAAAGUCUUCAUUCUGCUGUAUAAAAUGACUUCAGGAGGAAAUUCUUUGACAGCUGCAGUGUUGCUGUUAAUCAUGAUGAAAGUCUUCAGUGUCCUCACUCUCUCGUGUUCUUCAACAAUGUAUCAAGCACAAGACCUAUGCUGUCAAAAGUGUCCUGCAGGAAAUCGAGUCAAGACAGAUUGCACAGAGACUGCACACACUUCCUGUGUGGCCUGCGAGGGUGGAACCCACAUGGAUAAGCCCAGUGGACUCAAACAAUGCACUCACUGCACAAUCUGUGACCUAAGUUUUGGUCUGAAGGAGAACAGGACAUGCACAUCAACAUUAGAUACAGUUUGUAAACCAGAGGAUGGAUUCUACUGUGUUGACGUCGCAGCUGGUAGCUGCAUGGCAGCACACAAACACAGGCAAUGUCAACCAGGAGAAUACAUCAGCCAAACAGGAACAGCCUUCAGAGACACUGAGUGCUCUGACUGCAGCAAUGGGACAUUUUCAGAUGGGACUUUAAAGUUUUGCCGGCCACACAGACCAUGUGAAUCCCUAAACCUUAAGCUGAUAAGACCAGGAAAUGCUACAACUGAUGCUCAGUGUGAAGAACAAGAUCAGGAUAAUGUGGUCCCAAUCAUCAUUGGCUGCUUGUUGACGAUUUUAGUUAUUGGCAUAGUUAUAGUUAUAGUUAUUUAUGUCAAAAGAAAGACUCUGUGUCCAAAAAGAGAUGUGCUGUAACUCCAGUUGGAUGCUGAGACAUCGUGUUUGCAGUGAACAGAAAACUACAAACUUCCCUGAUUCACUGCUGUCCGAAUUAUUACCUGGAAACUGGACGUUAUCUGAAGACAAAAGAAUAGAAGAUUCAUAAUCUUUACUGCAUCAUGAUGAACAAAUGGAUGCUAUCACAGGAAGAGUUUAGAGUAUCUUCUAAACCUUUCCAGUGUUUUUCUAAAGAAUUUCUUUUUUUUAAAAAAGAAUUUUAUUUUAAAAGUUUUGAACUUUAAAAAGUAUAAUGAUGAUGCUAACUUAUAAUUCAAUUGAAAUUGUAUGUCACAAUAAUUUAUGUAGUAUAUUAUUAAUAUAUACUAUAAUAAUAUGGUAUAGUAAAGUAUAUAAGGUCUCAAAGUCCCGGCGGGUCUUUCUGCAUCAGAAAAUUUUUAUUUUAUUUUUUGGAUUUUUUUAUGUGGUUUUUAAUGGACUGUUGGAUAAGUACACAUGUUUUUUUUAUGGAGAUUUUCAUCCCAGAUGUGUAACCUCAGUUUCAACAAAGUCAGGACACUGUGUAAAAUGUGCAUUUGACAAUAAAGAAUGCAGUGAUUUUCACAUCUUAUAAACCCAAA